AAAGAUAAUCUCUCCUUCAUCGAGCUUCAAAUCAAAGGCUUUUCAUCACCACAACUGCACCUCGCCGGCGAAGGGGAAAUCCACGGCACUCACCGCCUAUCUUCUUCUAAGGCGAGUUUUUUCUGGCAUAUAAACUCGCCGCCGUUGUUUUUGAAGAAAAGGUCUCGCCGCCAUUGCUACUUCAACUAAGCCAGACCCGGUUCGGAUAAAUCAGACCAAAUCAAGGAGAAAAGCCCGCUUUUGAUUACGGGGUUGGCGAUUGAAGCAUUUCUGUUCCUCUCUCAGCAGGUUAAGUUGGAGAAUUAUUGUGGGAUGGAGGGUGCAGAGGAUGCAGUAAGGAAUGCGCAGGUGGUUGAUGCCAGGGCCAGAAACAUCAGUCACAAUGUCCGUUGCACUGAGUGUGGCAGUCAGUCCAUUGAAGAUUCACAAGCAGAUGUUGCCAUUCUCCUCAGGAAGUUAAUUCGAGAUGAAAUUCGAGCUGGGAAAUCUGAUAAAGAUAUCUACAAAAAGCUCGAGGACGAUUUUGGGGAGACUGUUCUUUAUGCACCAAAGUUUGAUUUGCAGACUGCAGCAUUGUGGCUAUCACCGCUUCUAGUUGCAGGUGCUGCUGGAGGAAUAUGGGCUUACAACAAGCAUAGGCAAAAUACUAAUGUGCACAUCAUGGCGUUGAACCUAGUUAGAGGUGUUCCACUAACUCCGAAAGAGAAACAAACCAUGCUCGACCUCCUUACUCCUCCUCGUCGAGAAAGAAAUCUUUUAUCCUCUUGGUGGCGGAAGUGGCUUGGUCAAUAACAUUUCAGUUUCUUCUAGAGCUCUUACAUGAUUACCAAUGAGAAAAUCGAAGGGAGAAUCAGCUUGUUGAUGAGUUCCAUGGCUUUCACCUUCGCAAUCUGGACCUGAUUUUUAUGAUAAUGAGAAAUUAGACAAAUUUGUAUCUUUAACAGUAUUCAAGUUCACUGUGGUUAAGAAUAUUUACAGCAAUUUCAGAACAACAUUGUUCACUGUAUGUGACUGGUAUUGUGUUUAAAAUAAUAUUUCCUGUUUAUGAGCUUCAA